UUUAUGGAGCAAGAAAACAUCACAGCUACUUCAAUAUUCAUCCUUCUGGGACUUUCAAAAGAAACUGAUAUCCAGCCUCUUGUAUUUGGGCUGUUCCUUUUCAUUUACCUGGUCUGCAUCACAGGAAAUAUGCUUAUCAUCCUGAUCAUUAGCUCAGAUGCCCACCUCCAGACUCCAAUGUAUUUCUUUCUUUCUAACCUAUCUUUUACAGACAUUUGCUUCAUAUCCACCACAGUCCCCAAGAUGUUAGUGAACAUCCAGACACAGAAUAAAUCCAUAACAUAUGAAGGCUGCCUUGCUCAGAUGUAUUUUUUCAUGUUUUUUUCUGGAUUGGAUAGUUUGUUACUGACUGUAAUGGCGUAUGACCGGUUUGUGGCCAUAUGUCACCCCUUGCACUACAUGAUUGUCAUGAGCCCUCACUUGUGUGUUAGUCUACUUCUACUGUCUUGUCUAAUCUGCCUGGCCUAUUCAUUGUUGCAAACUUUAAUGUUUUUGAGGGUGUCUUUCUGUAAGAAAACAGAAAUACCCCACUACUUCUGUGAACUUGCUCAGAUUCUCAAGCUUGCCUGCUCAGACACAUAUGCCAAUGAUGUCCUGGUUUAUUGUGUAACUGGUUUACUAGGUAUUAUUCCUCUGUCUGGGAUUCUUUUCUCAUAUUCUAAAAUUAUCAACUCUAUAGUGGGCAUUUCAUCUGCUAGGGGUAAGUAUAAAGCCUUUUCUACUUGUGGCUCUCAUCUUUCAGUGGUCUCAUUGUUCUAUGGCACAGGCCUUGGGGUCUACCUUACUUCUCAAAUGUCCUAUACAUCCAGAGAGGGUUCAAUAGCCUCAGUGAUGUAUACUGUGGUUACUCCUAUGCUAAACCCUUUCAUCUACAGCCUGAGGAACAAGGACUUGAAUCAGGCUCUUGGAAGAUUUUUUCAUAGCAUAGGAGACAGGUUUCGGUAGAUAAUAGAAUCAAGAGGGGUGAUGAUAAGAGUAUUUUAGCACAAGUUACAUUCUUUUAUAUUCUUAAGACACAGAGAAGAAAUAUUACUCUGAAGUACAAGAAUAAAAUAUUUUAAGACAAUAGAUAGAAUA